ACAGAAAAGGAACCAUGACUAAGAAUUGCAGACUAACUGUCUUCAUUGGGCUUCUUGUCGUGAAUUUGGUCCAAAAUUCACUCUCUUCUGUUGUGUCUGUUGGAGACUUCAACAAGGAUUUCUACGUGAUGUGGUCUCCUAAUCAUGUAAACACUUCUGCUGAUGGGCGAACAAGGAGCUUGAUUCUUGACAAAGACUCAGGUGCUGGUUUUGCUUCCAAUGAGAUGUUCUUGUUUGGGGAGAUUGACAUGCAAAUCAAGCUGGUACCAGGUCAUUCAGCAGGCACAGUCGUAGCCUUUUAUCUAACCUCGGAUCAACCUAACCGAGAUGAGAUAGAUUUUGAAUUCCUGGGCAAUGUGACGGGGCAGCCAUAUAUCCUCCAAACCAAUGUGUUUGCUGAUGGGUUCGAUAACAGGGAGGAAAGAAUCCAUCUGUGGUUUGAUCCAACCAAAGACUUCCACACCUAUUCAAUCCUAUGGAACCUCCACCAAAUUGUAUUCAUGGUGGACUGGGUACCCAUCAGAGUGUAUAGAAACCAUGCAGACAAGGGAGUUGCUUUUCCAAGGUGGCAACCAAUGGGCAUCAAAAUCAGCCUAUGGAACGGUGACAGUUGGGCAACACGUGGUGGACGCGAUAAGGUUGACUGGUCAAAGGGUCCCUUCAUAGCCUCAUUCAGGAACUAUAAAAUUGAUGCCUGUAUUUGGAAAGGGAAUGCAAGGUUUUGUAGGGCUGACAGCACCACCAAUUGGUGGAACAAGGACCGCUAUAGCACUCUAACAUCAACACAGAGGAGGCUGUUCAAAUGGGUUAGGAAGUACUUUCUCAUCUAUGAUUAUUGCCUAGACAACAUCAGAUUCCAAAACAACUUGCCAAGAGAAUGCUCUCUUCCCAAGUAUUGAUCAAUUAAAGGGAAUCUUUCGGCUUUAAUUACUUUUAUCAUGCAUAUUUCUUCUUCUUAUUUUUUUAUUUUUUUGGGUGUUCAUUGGGAGGGCAACCUUUUGGCCAUUACUUCUGUCUAUGGUCACGGCUGCAAUAAAUCUUUCUUUCUGCAUAUGUGAUCCCAUGGAUGUAUAACUUAAACAUUAAGCGAAUUCAUGGAUAGUUAAA